AUGGACCAAGCAAGAGCAGAUAGCAUCUUCUCAGCUGUGCCGGAGAAGGCUCCCCUAGACGAUAGCUUCUACAACCUCAAUCCGCAGGAACGCCUCCUGAAGCUCGGCAAGGAGCGCAAAGGUGCGAUCUUCCUCGACAUCGGCUGCUGCUUCGCAAACGACAUCAGGAAAGCAGUCAUCAAUGACUACCCGGUAGAGAAUGCGAUCGCAUCCGACCUCGAAGCUGAUUUCUGGCGAUUGGGCCACCAACUGUUCAAGUCCACAGCAGAGACGUUCUCUGUGCGGUUCGUUCCAGGAGAUGCACUCGACGCCAACUUCUUGAAACAAGUGCCGCCGUUCUACACUCCCGAGACCCCGAGACCUGACUUGCAUUCACCACGCUGA